CAUGAGAGAGCUCUGCUGAAGCAUUUCCUCUGGUGACACUGAGGUUGAAAACUCAUGAGAUUAGGAACAUCGUAUCUAAUCCUGGUGAUCUGCUUUAGCAAUGGAUGGAACUCAUGGAAAACCAAAGCCAGAACCUGUGGCAGAGGAUUCUAUCUUGGAAAAAAUAUGACAUGCUUUGAUGACAAUGAGUGUGGUGAAACCGAAGCUGAAUCAUGGGCCCUGUGCGGUACCAACACAGAAUGUCACAAUACCCUCGGGAGUUUCUACUGUACCUGUAAGAAAGGAUACGCCAUCGAAUCAGGAGAAACUAACUUUACCACCAUGACACACUGCCGAGAUAUUGACGAAUGUGAGACAGACCCAUGUGGUCCAAAUGCAACAUGCACCAACAAAUUUGGCCAUUUUGUGUGCACCUGUAAUGAGGGAUUUGUCUCAACCACUGGAGAACAUACGUUUACUGAUAAAACUGUCACGCAGUGCCAAGAUAUUGACGAGUGUGUGACAGACCCGUGUGGUUCAAAUACAACAUGCACCAACACAUUUGGCCAUUUUGUGUGCACCUGUAAUGAAGGAUUUGUCUCAACCACUGGAAAACAUACCUUUACUGAUAAAGCUAUCACGCAGUGCCAAGUGAUCUUCUUCACCAAUGGAUGGAAUCCGUGGAGAACAAAAGCCACAAACUGUGGCAAAGGAUUCUAUCUAGGAGCAAACCGGACAUGUGUUGAUGACAAUGAGUGCGGUGAAACCGAAGCUGAAUCAUGGGCCCUGUGUGGUACCAACACAGAAUGUCACAAUACCCUCGGGAGUUUCUACUGUACCUGUAAGAAAGGAUACGCCAGUGAAUCAGGAGUAACUAACUUUACCACCUUGACACACUGCCGAGAUAAUGACGAGUGUGAGACAGAGCCGUGUGGCUCAAAUGCAACAUGCACCAAUAAAUUUGGUGAUUUUGAGUGUACCUGUAAUGAAGGAUUUGUCUCAACCACUGGAGAACGAACCUUCACCAAUAAAACAGUCACGCAGUGCCAAGAUAUUAACGAGUGUGUGACAGACCCGUGUGGUUCAAAUGCAACAUGCACCAACACAUUUGGUGGUUUUGAGUGUACCUGUAAUGAAGGACUUGUCUCAACCACUGGAGAACGUACCUUCACCGAUAAAACAGUCACGCAGUGCCAAGAACUAAACAGGAUCAACACAGAACAAUGCAGCUUGAACAAUUUUACAAAGGUCGGUAAGAUAUCCCUGACUACUUACCAUUUAUUUUGUUCAUGGAUUAACUCCACCAUUAAUCAGAUUACUCAUCAGAAUGUACAGGAAAUCAUUUCAAACUCCAGUGAUAUUUUAAGGAAUUAUUCCUUGUGGGAAAACAUGGAAAAAGAACAACGACUCUAUUCCUGCUCCAUAUUCCUGCAAACCAUGGAAAAUGCUGCCAUUGUUGCCGCUCUGAAUUUGCCACCUCAGGGAAACAGAACAAUAUCAACUGAAAAUAUCAAUAUGGAAGUAAGGGCUUUUCAGGGAGGAAACAGGUCAGCCCUGGACAGAAUCCGUUUACAAGUGAAGGACACUGUGAUGGAUAUCAACCGACAGACACACAGCAGAGGAAAUACAACUGAUUUAACAGUGAUGGCUUUGAUCGCCUACAAGGGCAUGGAUUCCAUUCUGAAUGGAAGUGGGUUCCACAGCACCACUGGUGGGAAACAGAAGCCGUUUCAAUUAAUCUCAGAUGUAGUCUCAGCCGUGAUAACGAACAGGCACAACAAUGGACUUGACCCAAUUGUGAACAUCACCUUCAAGCACACUCAGCAAGCUAACAGUGAGUGGACAACCCACUGUGUCCACUGGGAUUACGCAGCUGGGAAAAGCUACUGGUCUCCUCGUGGAUGCAACAUGGGAGAUUCUAGUGAAACACACAUCCAGUGUCAAUGCAACCAUCUCUCCACCCUGGCAUUGCUGAUGUCUCCUGUUGGAUUGCAGGACUAUCCCUUUGCUUUGACGACAAUUACAUUGAUUGGGAUCCCAAUUUCUCUGCUGUGUCUGGGAAUCACCAUUGUGACCUUCGCUUUCUGCACCAAUGUAAGAAAUGCUCUCCACAUCACCCACAUGCAGCUGUGUGUGAGUCUCUUCCUGGCAGAGCUGCUUUUCCUUCUCGGGAUCAACAGAACCACAAACCGGGUGAUGUGUGGGAUUAUAGCAGGAUUUCUACACUACCUGUUCCUGGCUGCGUUUGUUUGGAUGUUCCUGGAGGGAGUCCAGCUCUUUCUCAUGGUCAGAAAUAUCAGGAAUUUGCGGGUUCCUCAUUCAGAAAAAGUUGAGAAAUCCAUGUACCUUCUUGGCUACGGGGUUCCUGCAGCAAUUGUGGUUAUUUCCGCUGCAGUGUAUCAUGAUGGCUAUGGAUCACCCAGGCACUGCUGGGUCUCCACAAACAGAGGGUUCAUCUGGAGUUUCCUGGGACCUGUGUGUCUGAUCAUUGGGAUCAACACGGCUCUGUAUUUCACAAUACUCUUGAUAUUGAAAAGAGAAGUUUCUAAACGGGACACUAAAGUGUCAAAACUUCAGAAUACAAGGAUGUUGACAUUCAAAGCCAUUGCUCAGGUGUUUAUCCUGGGCUGCACUUGGAUUUUUGGUUUGUUUCAGUUUCAGGAACAGCCCGGUGUAAUGACCUAUUUAUUCACCAUCAUCAACAGUUUCCAAGGCACUUUCAUCUUCAUUCUCCUCUGCAUGUUAAACCCCAAGGUAAGGACAGCAUAUUCUAACUACUUCACCAGCAAGUGUAAGGCAAAAGACACAAAGCCCUCAGAGGAGGACAAAGCCAACACAAUGACAGUCUUGUCGGUCUCAAAGGACUGAGGAAACCUCUUUUCCCUCACUGGCUGUGUGACAGAUGAAGACAUGAAGGCCAUCAUUGUCUCUGCCACAGUGAUCAUGGAACCAUCAAACACUGAAAUACUUAGCAGCUGUUAAGGAAACAAGACAUUCAGUCAAACAAGUCUGUGUUGGUGUUUACCAUCUGUGAGCCUAAAUUGUUCUAAUCACAUUUAUCCAUUUUUUACUGAUUUCUUUUCAACCCCAUUCCCUUCAGCCACUUAUCGAACUGAAUCUUGAAUACUGUUGCAGUGUCCACCUCAAGUACACAUCUUGUUAGUGAAUCCCAGUCACACAAACUGAAGGGGGCUUUCCUGCACGCUGACUUAAAUAUGAAAGGAUGGUGAUGCUGUACUCACCAAAUAAUCCAGAGGCCCAGGCUGAUGUUCUGGGGACACAGGUUCAAAUACCAUGAAACCUGGUGGAAUUUAAAUUCAACUCAUAAAUCUGGAGUUAAACGCUCAAAUAUAAUUGUGAAUAUCCAUCUGAUUUACGACUGUCCUUACCCAAUGUGGCCUCCACGUGACUCCAGACACAUAGCAAUGUGGUCAAUGUUUAACAGCCCUCAGAAGUGGCUGAGAGAGCCAUUCAGUUCAAGGGUAAUUAGGGACGGGUGACAAUGUAGGAGCUGACAUCCCAUGAGAUAAUAAAGGAAAGAAAAGCCUCUGCUAAAAAACCAUACCAUGAUGUCUGAUCUGUUGUCACACUUUCAUAAUUUUAAACAUUUCUAUCACAUGAAUGCAGGAACUGGAGGAGGCCAUUUAGCCAAUUGUGCCCAUUCUAACAUUCAAAGGCAGGAUAGUUUCACAAUCAUAAAACUAUAAUAUUUUAGUGACAUUCAUAACAUGAAAUCGCUGUUUUGUGACAGGGAAAAAAGACCAAAGAAAAGAAACAGGAGGCUGAGGGGAUCAAAGCACAUAUACCUGUUAGAGAUGACAGGACAAUGAUCCCGUAUUUCAUUAUUAUUCAUUCAUGGGAUGUGGGCAUCACCGGCUAGACUAGUAUUUGUUGUCCAUUUCUAACUGCCCUGGAGAAGGUUGGGCUGAAGUACCUUUGUGAAUUGCUGCAGUCUGUGAAUUGGGUAAAUUUUGGAAUUCUUACCUAGCAACAGUGAAUGAAUGACAAUAUUGUCCCAAGUCAGAAUGGUGAGCAACACAGUAACUUAUUUUUACGCAGGCAGUGAAAGUAACACAAACUAUAAACAUAAGCAUGUGACUCAUGAUAUAACUGGAGUCUAUGAAGUAAUCUUACAAGCAAUGUCACAAGAAAUUGUAAAAAUAUAGUCAAGAUUCUUUGAUUGGUUGGAUGCUUCUUCUCAGAGUGAUUUGAGAGUUUCUCCCUCAAUGACAUACCUGUAUUGAUGGGAAUACAUAUUUUUAUUGUGGACUAUGUGGAAAACACCAGGAGGUGCAGCACUACUGAGAGGAGACUCUGGCAGUUGGUUAUUACCCAGCAAACCUUGCUGCAUUGGGUUUCUGUGUUGAACACCAGGGGAAGGGCAGAGAGAGACUAACAACACAGCGGGCACUUGGAAAAGGAACAGCAGCCGCAUGCAAAUCAAAAAACUCCCUCACUCCUUCUGUCCUGCAUAAAUUUAGGAAUAAUUUUUAUACAGUUUCAUAAUUCAAUAUUUGAGCUAUUUUUGCCAAUCCUAAUAAAAGGAAUAAAAUGGAACCUUUAUUCAGAGCCCUAUUUCUAAGUGGAUUUCCAUCCAAAUCAAAGCCUGGUACCAAGAAUUUGCCAUCGAUUUGCUGCGAUCACAGAUUUUGUUCCAUUCAAAAGAAUCAUUGUUUCAUCAAACUUUAUCCUUUGUAUCAGUGACCAUGGAUCAGCAAGACUGCUCUUUCCCUUUUUGCUUCUUUGUUAAUACUAUUACUGCAGAGUUUGUAGUCGCUUUGAAUCAUGUGAAUUUGUUUGUUGGAGAUUAAUCAGAUAUAGUUUUAAUUACACUUUAUAAUGUUGUGGUUAACAAGUUUUACAAUGCUUUA